AUGUCGCAGGAUGAUUCCGUUAGGAAUGAAGAGCGUUCGACAUUAAUGUGUAAGCGUCGUCUGUUCGUGUUAGAUAAGUCACAUAAUGAGAUCUACAUAACAUCUCGAUCUCCACUUUGUGUAUAUUAUAAGCGUGCUAUAUAUUUAUUGCGUUGGCAAUUAUCUCGAUUCCCUGAACUGUGCACAAGCCGUUUUGUACGUGAGAACCAGUUGAACAAGAAAACUGGCGUCUUGGGUAACCGUGCCAAGCUUUUAGCUCAGCACACUGAGUCUAACUCUAUCUCGUGUGAUACCACUUCUAUCUCAUCGGUGCUAUCUAAGCGUCAUGAGCCCGAGAUAGACACUUGUGGCUCGGGUGUGAUCUUGUAUGGCACGGGUCGUUGUGUGACCCGUGCUCUUUAUGUGUUACAAGAUAUCUAUGAUUACGUAAAGGAUCUUUAUAUUGAAGCUCAAUCUCGUUUUCGUGGUUGUUUUUUUCGAGUACUGUGCGAUGAAUGUUCCAUUUCAGCCCAGUGUAUUUCCGAAGGUCGUGUGAAGCACGGGCUUGAAGCAAGUUGCGCCGAGUGUGAUUCAUGUACAAACGCUGCUUUAGAGACCGCUGUGAAAAGGAUUUUACGUGUUGAGAUUACUACGGGCACUGUUUCUUGCAGUGAUGAUGUCUAUAGUUACAGUGCAGAAAAGGACGAUUUAUCAUCUUUUCCAGGCCCUUUUAAUCCAUUGGAUUCAUUAGAUACUGAAGUUUCAGUGUCCAAACGUGAGCGUAUGGUUUCAUCUAUUCGUAUUUCUAUUCGUGUAGUUGGUACUUAG